ACUCUAUUGUGGGGAAAACCCAAAGCCGGGGAAUUCAAAACGUAGCCUGCAUCAAAGAUGUUUGUCACAGCAGAUAUGAUGUUUUAGCGCAGCGGAAAAUGUUGAUUUAGAUUACCAAAAUACUUUCAUUUCCGGUAACUUUCCAGUAAAUCCUUGGCCCAGAUCGAACACCGCCAAGGCGGAACUCUCACCACGGGUAACAUGGAGGCUGCGGCCGAGGAGCUGCUGGUCGACUCUCAGCUACCUGUCACAAUCGAUCAAAUCGUUAACAAUACGCUAUUGGUGACGCAGACCUAUCGAGAUAGGAGCUAUACGGAGAUAUUACUUGACUGCAACAAAAAGUGUGAACCAUGCUGAAGUGGUUUUCCAAUGAGGAGGGAGAGUCUGUCUCAGGAGCCCCAGGCUCUCCCCAAGGAAGCAGUCAAAGUGGAGAAGAUGACAUUGCAGAACUGACAGAGCGACUGGUCCAAACUGAGCAUUUGGUCACUCAGCUGAAAGAGCUGAUUCGGGAGAAGGAUGCAGCACUUGGCACGAAGGAUGAACAGCUCAAGAUGGAGAAGGAGACAAGUGAGGCAAAACUGUCAAAGCUGCGUUUCCAAAACAAAGCCAAGGUGACAUCUCUCACAACACAGCUUGAAGAUUUGAAGAAACAAAUGGGAGGCCAGGACAUACCAACACACAAGAAGGGUCAAUCAGAUGGAGGUGAGCAAGCCACGCGAGGGAAAAUUGUCUUGCUGAAGAAGAAGGUUGAGGAGCUAGAGCACCACCUUGCACUGAGUGAGAAGGAAAUUGAAAACAAGAGAAGGGAGGUUGAAGCACAGCAAGUUCGAGGAGAAGAAAUGGAUCUUAUGCUGACAGAGAAAGACAGGAAGCUGGCAGAGAAGGAGGCCUACAUUAUUCACUUGCAAACAACAAUUGCUGGAGAUCAGUCCUUCACAUCAACGCAGCAACAGAUAGAUGAAAAACACCAAGCAAUACUGGAGCUUCAACAGCUGGUGGAAAGCCUCACCAAGAAAGUUGGAGAAGCAGAGGAACAUUAUAGUUUGCUCCAGGAGCAGACGGACAGCCUGAAGGACCUUCUCGACACAGAGAAAGACCAGUACAGUCGGAAAGAGAGAAUGUAUGAACAGAAUAUCCAAACCUUCAAAGAGAUAAUUCUCCAGAAAGAUAGUCAGCUGAUUGAAAUAAAUCAGAUGCAUGAACAGGAGCUCUUCAAACUAGCUGCCAAGUCUGAUGCCAGUGCUGAUCUUGAGCAGCUUUUGAAGGCUUUAAAACAGAAACUUCAUGAGAAGGAAGAGGUGCUGCUUGGUAAAACCCAAGUCAUUGACGUUCUUCAGAAAGAGGUGGACGGCAGGGACCAGCGAAUAAAGGACCUAACAGAGCGGAUGCGGAGACUACAUAUUGAACGAGAGAGCCUUGAAUCUAAAAUGGGGGCAGAAAAGCAUGUGAUGAGAGCCCAACUCCGUGACCUGAUAGAGAAGCAGCAGGUAGAGGUUCAGCAAAUGACAGAGCAGCAUCAGGCACAGUUGACUCAAACCCAACAAGAUGUCCUGGGUCAACUUGAAAAACUGAGAAUGUGUUCGGUAACACCACUAUCUGUCAGUCAGGAGGCCCAAAGUACUGAUAUAUUAUCUGGUGGUUCAACCUUUUUCCAGAGGAUAGCAGAAUUGGAAGCCCAAACAAAGCAAAAAAUGGAUGAAGCCAGCAGAUCAGAGGCCAAGUUCGUGAAAAUAAAAGCCUGGUCUAAAUCUCGAAUCAGGCAGCUGGAGGAGGAACUGAAAAAAAGUCAGGCUGGCAUUGCCCCUCCUGAUCUGACUGCCUUACAAAGUCGGAUUAUAGAGCUUGAGGUGGAACGACAGGAAAACCUUUGGAAAGUGGAGCAGUAUGAGGAUCUCAAAGCAAACAAUGACAUGUUGGAGGCUAAACUUGUGGUAUAUGAGGAGCAACAGAGGGCCCUGCAAGCAGACCUGGAACAGUUUACAAAGAGAGCUGCCUCUCAGGCAAGUGAGUCUGAAAGUGCUGAUGAUGCUCAAAGCAAGGUCUUAGAGUGGCAGGAGAUGGUAGAUGAGGCGGUCAGGGCCAAGGAUCAUGCCAAGGAAGAGAAGGCUGCUAUGGUCCUACGCAUUAACCACAUGGAGGAUGAACGAGAAGGACUGAUUGAGGAUGACUGGUUCUUUCCUGGCUGCUCCGAUCCAGCUCUGGACUCUCGGCAGCAGGGGUUGGAGGAGGAGCUGGCUCAAGAUCAGGGGCUCAGCCAACACAGGGCCAAAAACCUGGCUGUAACAGCCCAAAGAAGCCUGCAGGAGGAUUUUGAGUUUGAUGGAAAAGUGCCAUUCAAGGACUACCAAAGCACCUCGGAGAGCACAACUCCAAUGGAAGGAGAAAACAUGGGAGGUUGGUGGCCUGAGUACAGUACUCCUGACACAGAGGGUUUGCGAUCUCUCGUGGAGGAGCUGGAGCUGGAGAGAAAUCAAUUACAAGAGCAGAUAAUGGGUCUUGAAGAGCGUUGUCAAGAUCUAGAAGAUCGUCUACAGCUGCAGGCACGCAUCGAGACCUUACAGAAUGAGUCUGAUAAAUUACAGAUCCAGCUUGUCAGUGUGCGUACUCAGCAGACCAGGGAAGCAGAAAAACACCAGCUGUUGGUUAGCAGUCUCAGUGAGCAACUUAAGGGGCUCAGUGACACACAAGAAUGUCUGGAAAGCUCACUGAUUGAGAAGGAGACCACAUUAGCCAAGACAUCAGAAAAACUUGAGCUCAUUAACAGCCUCAAAGAAUCCUUGUGUGAAAAAGAGAUUAAGUACAAAGAGAUAUCUGAAAAACUCCUUUGGACAGAGCAAACUCUUGAGAAUGUUUCCAAGAAAAGCAGUAUCUCAGAGAAACACUGCUCUGAGUUAAAAGCAGAAGUCACUGAUCUCACACAGAGGCUUUGUACACUUAGAGAUAAGACUCAGAAGCAGGACAUCAUCAUAGACACAUUACAAACUGAGCUUGAGCAAACAAAUGAGGAACUAGAGAAACUAAACACAUUCCACUUGGAAGAAAGAGCCCAACUUAUUAAUGAUCUUCAACAUUGCGAGCGGGAGAUUGAUAGUCUGAAAGAUAUUCUGUUGGAAAAAGACAAAGCACUCAAUAGCAACAUGUUGGAGUAUACAGAACAAGUUACAGUUCUCAAACAAGAGCUUCAACUCAAAGAAGAAAACUUAGUUCAAGUAAAAAAUGCACUGACAAAGGCAAAUCAAGAGGCCAAAAUUGUUAGAGACUCACAAACUGCAGAUCAGCAAGGCCUUAAUCGUAAAAUCGUAGAGCUUGUUGGGAAUCUAAAGGAUGUUGAGAUGGCGUUAGACAAGGCCAAAGAAGAAAACAAGUCUAAAGUGGCUGAGUUGGAUCACCUAAUAAAACAGGCCAAAAAGUAUCAGAAAACUAUUAAUGACCUCCAAAGAGACUCUGAGAAACAGAUUUUGAGCCAUCGUACUCGAGUUUCUGAAUGUGAAACCCUCAUCUCUUCUCAAAAGGAACAGCUGACUUUAUCUACUCAAAGGCAACAAGAGUACAAUAAACUCAUUUUGCAGCUCAAAGAAAUAAAUAGUAACAAUGAGAAAAUGACUUUAAAAAAAGAAGAGGGAUAUGAAAAUGAACUUAGAACUUUGACGGAUGAAAAUAUAAAAUUCCAAUCCCAAGUGGAAAAAUACAACCACGAUAUGGAGUUGUUGUCCAAAGAAUUAAAGGAUCGAGCACAAAGUGAGGAGAAUAUUAAACAAGAGAAAGAAGAAUGCAUGGAAAUCAUUGCAUCACUGGAAAACCAACUGAAGGCAAAUGAUAAACAGGCAGCAAAUGAGAGACAGAGCUAUAAUGCUGAAUUGCUAGUAAAUGAAUCUGAAAAUCAAAAAUUGCGCAAAGAACUUAAUGACAACAUAGAAAACCUCUCCAAAACUAAGGUUUGCCUAAAACACAUGGAAACUGAGAAACAGCUGUUGCAAGAAGAGCUUAAAGAGCUCACCGAAAAGUUUGAACAACAGAAUCUGAAUGAAAAACAACGUAAUGAAAAUGUUAAAUCUGCUCUUGAACUAAAUGACAGUCUAAAGAGGCAAAUGCAAAACUUAACCAAGGAAAACAAAAGACUUGAAAUGGAAGUCAGUGAAAGAGUCAAGACCAUUUCAGAAAUCAAAUUUGAAAGUGAUUCUUUGCAUGCCAAGUUAUCCACAUUAGAAUCACAACAUUCACAAAACGACAGUAUCAUCUGCAAAUUAAAAAAAAAUAAAAAAGACUUGAUUUUACAACUUAAUGAUUUAAAGAGCCUUCUUGAGCAAACCACACUCUCAAACAAUGAGGUUGUCCUGGCCAAAACAAAUGAAUGUGGUAAUCUCAACCAGUUACUCAGGGAGAAAGAGGACUCUAUCACACAAAUGCAAGGGCAAUUGCAGAGCUACAUUUCUAAGUUUGAUGAGUUGCACAUUAAUUUAGAAAAAAAACAGCAGGUUAUAUCUGAUCUUCAAGCAAAGUUCCAGGCCCAAAGAAAUGAACAAAUACAUCUUAAAGAAACAUUGUCUCUUCUUCAAGAACAGGACUACAGUCUGAAAUCUGGGUUGUUGGAGAAGGAUGCAGCUUUGAAGAAAAAACAGGAACAGUGUCAUAGUUUGCAAAAUGAAAUUAUUUCCCACAAUAAUUCAGUAUCUAAGCUCCAAGUAGAAGUUGAAUCACUUAAUACAGAACUCUUAAAAAGUUGCAAUGAUCUUAGAGAAAAAGAAAUAAUGAUAAAAAAUGUGGCACAAGAAUGCCAAAAACACAAAGAUGACUUUGAUGAUGUAAACCAGACUGUGAAAGCUCUAAAAAAGGAAAUCAAUUGUAUGGAAGAAAACACCAGAAAAAUCAAAUCAGAAGCAGACUCUAGGGAAACAGAGUUGAGGACACUUAAACGUGAAAUUCAUAGAAUCACAGAAGAAAACAAACAACUUCAUACACUUUUAAAAUCCAGAGAAAAUGAAUUUAACGAGAAAAAAAAUAUUUCUUCAAACCUUGACAGACAGCUCAAAGCUACUCUUGAGCAGAACUCCAGUCUUCGCGCAAACAUAGCCAGUCUAAGAGAAGAUAAUGAACAACUAAAAAAAGAGUUGGCACAAAACAUUUCAUUGGUUGUGAAUUUAAACACUGAGAUUAGUCUGCUCCAAGAACAGAGAUCUGAACUCAAGGUACAAAUCUCAAACGAUAAGAAGAUGAUUAAUGAUCUUCUAAAUGAGAAAAAUGAGCUUAUUGGUUCUGUUAAUAAUGCAAAGCAAGCCCUCCAUGAAAAGGAAAUGUCUGACAAAGAAUGCUUGCUUGAGAAAACAAAUGAAUGUAGUACUCUUUCAAAAAUACUGAGUCAAAGACAAGAACAGCUUCAAAAAUUGCAAGAGGAAGUUAAUGAUUUAAAAUUUCAAGUUAGUGAGCUUAACUCCUCAUUGCUUAAGAAAGAUGAAAUUCUGUUCAAAAGGAAUUCUCUCGUUGAUGCUCUGCAGACCCAACAAAUGCAAUUGCAGGAAACAAUAGCUAUGCUUCAAGAAGAGGGAUCUGUUCUCAAGACAGGGCUUAGAGAGAAGGACAUAGUCUUUCAACAGAAGUCAGAAGAAUGUAUUGUCCAUCAGAAUGAAGUCAAACUACAGAAGGACCUUGUGUCGCAGAUGCAGAAUGAUGUUGAGUCUGUCAGGCAAGAAUGCUUCGAGACAAAGCAACAAUUAGAACAAAAGGAACGCAUGUUAAAAGAUAUAACAAGUGUAUUUGAAAACCAAAAAGAAGAGCUAAAUAAACGGAAUGAAUCACUAAUUAAACUUGAGAUUCAGCUGGUAGCCAUGAAGGAGAAUUUAGUCGAGAUGAAUCUUAAAAUUACCAACCUAAAGGGUUCUAUAGAGACGCUCACUUUAGAAAAUUGUCAGCUAACGCAAGAGAAGAAUCUAAUGAAGGAUGGGGUCAUUGAUUUAAAAGAUUCCAACCAAGCACUGAAUGAUCAGAAUAUAAGAUUGAAAUAUGAAAUUCAGAAAUCUUCAGUAGAGCUUUCCAAAGCACAUGAAGAACUUGCACAUCUAAAAACAGCAGUUAAUGUUUGUGAACUCCAACUCAAAACUGCACAGUCAGAGAAGGAACACUUGAAUCUGACCAUCCAAGGAAAAGAUGACUCCCUGAAACAACUUGGUGGUAGGAUUUUGGCGCAGGAGGAGCAGCUGAAAUGCAAAGAUAAUGAAACAUUUAGUUUAAGGGUUCAGGUUACAGAGCUUGGAGAGUCUGUCUGCAAACUGACGGAUCAAGUCCAAAGUCUUACUUCAGAGUCAAACACAUUAAAAAGUAAGUUGGCGAGAAGAGAGCAGUCUCUUCUUGAAUAUCAAAGAAAUGUCUCAAUUGUAAAUGAAAAUGUAAGUAUUAAUCUUCAUGACAAAGAAAAAGAGUGUGAGGUCUUAAAAGAACAGAUUUCACACCUUGAAGAAAAUGCUAUUAAGUCAAACAAUACCCUCAAAAUGUGGACACUAGAAAUACAAAAUCUAAAAAAAGCCUUGGAAGAAAGGGACUGUUGUCUUGUGGAAAAAUCACAGUCUCUUCAAGAUUUACAGAAAACAGCCGAUGAGUUGUUGUUCUUUAAAACUCAAGUCAUAGAAAGCACAGAGUUAGUCUCACAGCUACAGAGUCAAAUGCAGAUGCUCUCCUCUGACAGUUCUAACCAGAAAAAGUCAGCUGAAGAAACAUAUAGUGCCUUCAUUAACCUGCAAGAAAAAUAUGCUGCCAAUUUGGAUGAUUUUCAGGAUAUGGGAAAGGAACUGUGCCCAAGGCCUGAUGAAGUGUUGACACUUAACCUAACAGAUGAAAAUGACACAGCAAAGACAAAGAUAGAAACAUCGCGAGAUGAGCUGUAUUCAGCCCAACAUAAACUUGAGAAGACACAGAACCUGAAUUCCAAGCUGUCAAAAGGAAAGGACAAAGCAGUUGCUGCUAAUCAAGUAAAGGUCACUGAACUGACUGUUGGAAUAGAAAGACUAAAAGCUCAACAUCUUCAAGUUGUGACGCAAAUGACUGCAUUGACAGAAAACCUGGAGCAGAGAGACAUAGCUCUACGUGCCAUUAAAAAUCAGUACAUGGCACAAGCCAAACAUCAAUCUCACCUGAUUUCUGAAAUACAGAAACUCGAAUUGGAAAAUAACAAACUUAAGGAAAUUAUUAGAUUGUCGAAGGAGGAGCAUCAGCAGUCUCUUGCAGCUGCCAAUAAUGAAAAUGUAUGCUUAACUGAGGAUAUUAGAAAACAUCUUACAGAGAAGGAAGAGCUGGAGAGGCGGCUCCAUCAAAUUUGGGAAUCCCAAGUGGAGCUUGAGGUUCAUUUGGAGCAACAGUCCAGCAGCAUGAGUGAAACCAUCCAACAAUUGGUGUAUGACAAGGAGAGUCUUCAAACAAAGAUUAAUGAGCUGCAGCCUGGACUGACACCUGAGAAAGAAGCCAGCAGUUUGCCGAAAGAAACCACUAUUCAAAGGUUUGAAAGAGACAAACAACCAGUCAAGGUAACAGUGAAUCCGUUAGGCCAAAGUGAAAUGGAGCAGAUGGUGAGUCGAUUGGAGGCAGAGAGGAGCCAGCUUCACAGAGAGCUGCAGCGAUGCUUAUAUGACCUCCAGCAACGAGACCAGUACUUUCAGCAACUUAACUCAAAGAGGUCAGGAAAUGCAGAGGUGGCUCCUGGAGCACCUCAUGAGAGGAACAACACAGUCCUGCUCCAAGAAAGACUACUUGAGUUAGAGCGGAGUCUAGCAGAUGAACGCUGCAGACGGGAGACUGCUGAAGAGGCUUUGCAUCUUGCUGAGGCCAGCACAAAGAGUCUGUCUGGAGAUAUUCGAAGAGACUUUAGCAGUAUCGAGAUGGCAGCAGAUGAUGAUUGGGAAGCUGUGGGCCUCAACCCUAACCAGCCUUUGAUAAUGCGGAAGGUGAAAGGUGAAAUGGCGGCAUGCAAACGCUGGUUCAGAGGAAGAAGUCUGUACUUUUCCCGGCUGCUGACAGGCCGUACACGCUCUCGCUACUUCUUUCUGGCCUACUUGGUCACCAUUCAUGUGCUUGUCCUAAUGUGCCUUAGUGGUACCCUCUAAAGAGGAAAUUGAAAAGUUGGAUGUUGGUUCAAAGGUUCAGGUUGAGUUAACAUGUAUUUGUAUAUUACACACACACGCACAAACACACACAUAUGUAUGCGACACGAUUCUUACAUGCUUUAUAAAACGUGUACAGUUAAGAAACUGAAAUCUUUGUCCUUUGAGAGUAGAUUGUCUUUUGGGUUGCGUGUUUUGGUAAUAAUACAGGAGUUGCAGGAAUUGGAAAUCACUGUAAAUAUUGUACGCCACACAAAGCCUUAAAAGAGAGACAGUCACUACAGCCACACAAAAUGGGGAAAAAGCAUGGGUAGUCUUGGAUAUAACCUUUUACAAAAUUCCAUUAGCUACAAGAAGAAGAAAGUAAUCUCUGUCAUGUUAAUCACAACAAUCUAAAUCUCUUAACUUCCAACCAUCCAUUUUCUGUACUUUUGCUUAGUCUAAAAUCUCAACUCAAUUUCCCUGGCCGCAACAUUAUAUUCACUCUUCUUGUGGCUGUUUGAUGAAUAUCACUAUGAAAAAUGUUGGUCCAUUAUAAUUUUUCCUGCUCGUCUAUUAGAUUGGACAUAAUACUUAUGUUGAGGAAAACUAUGCACUGUAAAAGCACCAAGGUCUAUUAUCUCAAUGACAGAAGUACUGCAGUGAAUCCUAAAUAAGUGAGUUCAAAAGAAUACUCUCAUGUUCCUAAAGAUAAGUGGAGUAUGGCUUUUGAGCCUUAUUUCAAGUCUCUCUGCUGUAAUAUUGAAGAGCGAUGCAAAAACAAUGUUUUGAGGUUUGUUCCCCCUGUUUGUGGACGGCUCUGAUACUGUAGAGUAUUCUGUCCAAACACUACUGACUUGUUUUGUAUGUAUGUAUGUAUGCAUUUUCUGUCAUCUCAUCGUGGUCUUACAUGACAGUUUUCUCAAGUGUGAAGGUUUAAAUGAAACGAUAUUAUUUUACGCUUGUAUUUUUCUUUGAGCAAGAAUAAUUACAGCGCUGAUUAUCUUUUUGUGUGUAAAAUUCCACCUACGAACCUAUACUGUUAAUGACACACUGGCAUCACAAUAUGUAAUGGGGAAAUAAGAAUGUAUUUAUGAAAGAUUAGACUACUGGAAAAAUGUGCACAUACUUCCUCUGUUCUCAAGAGUUUGAGAAGCUGACGGGCUUGAUAUCAAGCUCAAUUUAGUGCAAUACUGUCUUUUUCAAUUAACUGUUUUCAGAUCAACAUAUCAAAAGGUAUGAAUAAAGCCAGUUGAUUUUCUUUA